UAUUUAAAUUCGGAAUUCAAACCCUUCGCAGAUAUAAAUAAAAACGAGCGGUCGAUUUGUGCUAAGAUUGAAUUGGGUUUUGAAUCUGAAAUCACCUCCAAAAAAUGGCCCAUCCUAGUAUGGAAAGGACAAAGAAAACGAAUGAAACAAAAUGUCUCGGAUUCUCCCACAAGAUUACUUGUCUCUUCAAUUCAAUGAAGCAAUUUCCAAAAUGCGUACAAUCUGAAUUAGCAUUUACAUUAAUUGUUUUGAACAGUAGAACUUUGAGGACUGAUAGAUUUCAUAGCUUCAUCAAUGGCAAUGUCUCAAUCCGUUCAGAAACCACAUUACAUGUCUGAUAGUGUGGAUCCUUCAUAUCAACUCCUGUUCUAUGCCAGUCAUGGAAAUGUGGAUGGCUUGAUUGAAGAACUGAAGGGUGGAGUUUCCCCAAAUUUAGCUGAUUACGACAAGAGAACAGCUCUCCAUUUAGCAUCUUGUGAAGGACAUACUGAUAUUGUCAAGAUCCUUCUAGAGCACAAGGCUAAUGUCAAUUUUGUGGAUCGCUGGGGAAGCACUCCACUUUCAAAUGCUCGCCGAUGUAACCACAAGGACAUUUGCGAUAUUCUUAAAGCAAGAGGGGGUUUAGAAUCGUACCAAAAUGAAAUUGACCUUAAUGAGGUGGACUUGAAGAAUUGGAAACUCAUUGGCGAAGGUUCUUAUGGAGAAAUUUAUUUGGUGAAGUGGCGUGGUGUUGAUGUUGCUGCAAAAACCAUUCGAGCCUCUAUUGCUUCUAAACCCAAGAUAAGGUCUAACUUUAGAAAGGAGCUUGAUCUAUGGCAAACUCUACGUCAUCCAAACAUUGUGCAAUUUUUCGGUGUGGUGAAUGACAAUGACCGCCUGAUUUUUCUCACCGAGUAUCUCCCCAAUGGGAACUUGGAUGAUGUUUUGAAGAGAAAAGGGAGACUCGAUGCACAUACUGCAGUGAAAUAUGCUCUCGACAUUGCCAGAGGGAUGAAUUAUCUUCAUCAACAUAAACCAACACCAAUCAUACACCGCGAUUUGACACCAAGGAAUGUUUUGCAGGAUGAGGAAGGGCAUUUGAAAGUUACUGAUUUUGGGUUGAGCAGGAUAGUUCAAGAUAAGAAUGUUGCAGAGCCUGUUAAAAUGACUGGCGGGACAGGCUCAUAUCGAUACAUGGCUCCUGAGAUUUAUCGUGAAGAAAAUUAUGACAAGAGUAUAGAUGUCUUCUCUUUUGCUUUCAUAGUGCAAGAGAUGUUUGAGGGAGGACCUUCAAAUAGAUAUGAACAUCCCCAAGUAUUAGCAGAAAGGCGUGCAAACGAGAAUCAUAGACCAGCACUCAUGGCAUCUUACUAUACUAAAGAAAUUAAAGAGCUACUUCGGAAAUGCUGGGAUAAGGAUCCUAGCAAGAGACCACCAUUUGAGGCAAUUAUCAAUGAACUAGAGAUGAUGGAAGUACAAAUACGGAAGUCAAAAAAAAAGAUGCAUCCUCAAUAUUGGCUUAACAAUUGUUGUGUAAUGUAAAGAAUAUAUAAACGAUCCAUUCUAACAAAAAGUUGACGAUUGACUUUGAGCUAGAAUGCUUUCCUAUGUAUAUAAGACAAUAAAUGCAGAGCAAAAAGUUAAUAUAUUUAACACUUAGUUUAUAUUAAAUA